GGGACGCGGGGGGAGGCAGCUGCAGGCGAGGCCACUUCAGCAGGGAUGCAGGGGAAGGCAGCUUGACACGAGGCAGCUGGAGGUGAGAUGGGUGGAGGCGAGGCAACUGGGAUGCCGGGGGAGGCGCAGGGUGGAGGCGAGACGGGUGGAGGCGAGGCAGCUGGGAUGUCGGGGGAGGCGCAUGGGUUGCACGAGACCGGGGUCGCUGCACCAGACGACCCGCGUCUGGUGCCCGACCGGCCUCUUCAUGACGGGCGGAGGACCGAGGAUGCUUUGCCUGAGACCGAGGACAUGCCUCCGAGUCUGGAGGACAUACAAACGGGUCAGUCAAUGGGUGUUGAUGAUGUUGAACCAUUGGCACAGGUAGAUAGGAUAUCGCCGACCACAGGGGGGAGGGGAGACGUUGCGGGGGACGCUAUAGUUGGGGGGAUAGAGGAGCGAGUUCAUGGUGAUCCGGUGUCCUUGGUUGGGGGCGGUCGCCAUGCAGAGGUCGAUAGCGGGGUCGGACAUAGAGAUGAGGCGAUCAGUGUGCCUGAUAGAGACAGACGGGAGGCGUCGCGGAGUUUGGUGGUCCGCACGGCCGUGGGGCCGGUGGUGCCACAUGAGGCACCGUUUCCUAUAGAUCCGAUACGUUGUGCAGGUGGUGUCGCCUCGAUCGUAGAGCGACGUGUAGGCAGGGGCAUGUGCGCACCAGCGAUCCCGCCUUUCGCACCGUCUAGGGAGAGGACACAGUCGAGGUAUGUGCCUCAGCCUCGCGGCACCUUUGCAUUCGGUUGUAUGACCGCCGAGGAGUUGGAGGCACACGACACGAUGGAUUACAAUGGGAUCGACACCGGCUGGCCGGACUUGUCAUGGGCGCCAGCCAGCCUGAGCUUACUGUCUGGAGGUUCUACUACAACGCCCUCUAACGGGGGGGGAGGGCCGUUGUCACCCCCGACCGCAGAUGUCACACCGCGCGGUAGUCACACCCCGAGGUCGGGAUGAACACGAUUUUGUUCGGUCGCACCGAUCGGCCAUGGAGCGAG